AGGGAGGGUGGGCGCGUUCCCGCAGCAACAGGGAAGAUGGCAGCCCUCACAUCUCUCACCCAGCUGUCAAGUGGGAACUCUGUAUAUGAGAACUUUUACAGACAGGUGGAUCCUGGGAAUACAGGGAGAGUGGGACCAACAGAAGCUGCCCUGUUCUUAAAAAAGUCUGGACUCCCUGAUAUUACACUGGGAAAGAUUUGGGAUUUGGCAGAUCCUGAUGGCAAAGGCUAUCUGGAUAAACAGGGGUUUUAUAUAGCUCUGCGACUGGUGGCCUGUGCUCAGAGCGGUCAGGAAGUCAGUUUGUCUAGCCUCAACCUUACAGUCCCUCCUCCGAAGUUUAAGGACACCAGCAGUCCAUCUCUGAGUUCCACAACUUCUGGCUCAGGCGAAUCACACUGGGCUGUCAGGCCAGAGGAGAAGAAUAAAUUUGAUGGGAUUUUUGAAAGCUUGGCCCCUGUCAAUGGCCUGCUGUCCGGAGAGAAAGUCAAACCAGUCCUCAUUAACUCCAAGCUCCCUCUGGAUGUCCUUGGGAAGGUUUGGGACCUGAGUGACAUAGACAAAGAUGGCCAUCUGGACAAAGAUGAGUUUGCUGUGGCCAUGCACUUGGUGUACCGGGCUUUGGAGAAGGAGCCUGUCCCUGCACUCCUCCCCUCUGCCCUCAUCCCUCCAUCGAAGAGGAAGAAGAGUCUUGGCUCAGUGACCAGCUCUGUGCCUGGACUACCUGCAAGCCCUCCGCCACCAAAAGACUCACUGCGCUCCACACCCUCCCAUGGCAGCAUGAACUCACUCAACAGCACCGGCAGUCUGUCUCCCAAACAUACACUGAAGUCUGGACAGCAUUUGGUGAACUGGGUGGUCCCAGUAUCAGAGCGCGGUCGCUAUGAUGACAUCUUCCUGAAGACAGAUGCUGAUCUGGAUGGGUUUGUCAGUGGACAGGAAGUAAAGGACAUUUUCAUGCAGUCUGGACUUUCUCAGAAUGUCCUUGCACAUAUAUGGGCUUUGGCAGACACAAGGCAGAUAGGCAAGCUGACCAGGGAGCAGUUUGCCCUCGCCAUGCAUCUCAUCCAGCAGAAAGUCAGCAAGGGCAUUGACCCUCCACAAGCCCUGAGUGCUGACAUGAUUCCACCCUCUGAAAGAGGAACUCCUGUACCAAGUAUGUCAGGAUACAUGACUCCAGUGGGAUCAGAGAUGGCUGCUCUGUCUGAAAUGAGACGAGACAGCUCUAGUUCAGUGGGUUCAGGAGAGUUUACUGGCAUCAAGGAGUUGGAUGACAUCAGCCAGGAGAUAGCCCAGUUGCAGAGGGAGAAGUACACUCUUGAGCAAGACAUCAGGGAGACAGAGGAGGCCAUCAGACAUAAGAGUGCUGAGGUACAGGAAAUGCAGAAUGACCUGGACAGAGAGACAACCAGCCUGCAGGAGCUAGAGGCUCAGAAACAAGAUGCUCAGGACCGCCUGGAGGAGAUGGACCAACAGAAACAUAAAUUAGAAGACAUGCUGAAUGAAGUCCGGAUGAAGUGCCAGGAGGAGUCUCAGAUGAUCUCAACCCUCCAGAGUCAGAUCCACUCCCAGGAGUCAGACUUGCAGUGCCAGGAAGAAGAGCUGAGCCGGGCAAAGGCUGAUCUGGGCCGGUUGCAGCAGGAGGAGAAUCAGCUGGAGCAGAGCUUGGCUGCUGGCAAGAUCCAACUAGAAACCAUCAUCAAGUCUUUGAAGGCCACCCAGGAUGAGAUCAACCAGGCUCGCAGCAAGUUGUCCCAGAUUCAGGAUAGUCAGCAAGAAGUGUCUAAAAGCAUUGAGCAGUACAACAGCACCUUGAAUGGAACUCAUGGAGGCAGCAUGACCAACCUGGCUGACAUGAGCGAGGGUUUCAGUGACAGAGAGAAUGGAGGAUUCCCAGCCAUGGAAGAUCCAUUCAAAGUGAAGCCAUCAGUGUUCAACAGCCAGCCCCAGGAGCUUCACACUGACCCCUUCCACUCUGAAGACCCCUUCAAAACAGAUCCAUUCAAAGGUGACCCUUUUCAAAAUGACCCCUUUGCAAAGCAGCCAUCAACAUCCACAGACCCAUUUGGAGGAGACCCAUUCAAAGAGACUGAUCCAUUCAAGGCUUCAUCAGAAGACUUCUUCAAAAAGACCACAAAAAUGGAUCCCUUCUCCACUCCAGACCCCUUCAGUAAAAGUGCCACCUUGCCUUCCAAGCAAGCCAGUCACUUCACAAACAGUGACCCAUUUUCCUCAAGCCACCCAAAACCCAAAGGACCAGAUCUCUUUGGCACGUUGGACCCGUUUGGCAGCAGUUCAUUCAGCAGCAGCAGUAACAGUUCCACUGGAUUUGCAGACUUCAGCCACAUGUCAAAGCCCAGAGACCCUUUCGAAGGAAGGGCCAGUUGGCUACCUGACUACCAGAAGCCAGUUUUUGUGGAGGACCCAUUCAGCAGGAAGAAUGACACACCAGCUCUGCCUCCGAAGAAAAGCGUUCCCCCGAGACCCAAACCACCCAGUGGUAAGACUACACCAGUGAGCAUGAGUGGCACAGCUGACUCCUCCAAACCAUGUGACCCCUUCCAGCCGUUCAGCGGUGACGUCAUUGACCCGUUCCAGAAUAAAAAGGGCCUGGGAGACCCAUUCAGUGGAAAAGACCCUUUUGCCCCAUCCUCAGCAUCAAGUAAACCCCCUAAAGACUGUACUUCAGGUUUUACAGACUUCAGUUCUCUUGGGAAUGAGGCUCAGCAGUUGGAGUGGGCAAAGCGUGAGAGUGAGCGAGCAGAGCGUGAGCGACUGAAAAGGCUCAGACAGCAGGAACAGGAAGACCUGGAGCUGGCCAUCGCCCUCAGCAAGGCAGAGAUGUCCAAUGCAUGACCUGAAAUCCUUACCACACACAAAAUGCACACAUAGCCACUGGCUGAAAUGCAGACAAAUGUGACUGACAUCUAAAUAUUCAGACAUGAAGUACUUCACUGGACUAACUUCCAAGUGUUCAUGGAACCCCCCCCCCCCUCACCACCACC